AUGCGAUCUUCGACAUCCCUUGCAGUGGCUGCGGCCAUAUCCAGUGGCGCACAAGCCAUCAGCCUUGUCAAGAGAGCGGACGGAACUCCGCGCGUUGUCGAACACACGAUACAACGAAAACAUAUAUCGAAUCCUCUCGAGCACGAUCGCAAGCGAUGGCUACGCAAACGACACGAUACGAUCAAUGUUGCGCUGGACAACGAAGAGACGCUAUACUUUAUGAACGCGACGAUCGGGACCCCAGCACAGAGCUUCAGGUUACAUCUAGAUACUGGAAGCAGUGAUCUUUGGGUCAAUGUCGCAACCAGUGACCUCUGUUCAGAUGCAGACAGCACCUGCUCAAUAUCUGGAACCUACGCCCCAAACUCUUCCUCGACCUACAAUUACCUAAACAGCGACUUCAACAUCUCCUACGUCGACGGAUCAGGUUCCUCAGGCGACUAUGUGACAGACACAGUAACAGUUGGCGACGUCAGCAUAGAGAACCAGCAGUUCGGCGUAGGCUACGAGUCAAGCUCCGAAGAAGGCAUUCUCGGAAUUGGCUACCCCAUCAACGAAGUAGCAGUAGCCUACAAUGGAGGACGACCUUACGCGAAUCUUCCUCAAAAUCUAUUGAACGCCGGCCACAUCGCCACAAACGCCUACAGUCUCUGGCUCAACGACCUCGACGCCUCGACAGGCUCUAUCCUCUUCGGCGGUGUCAACUCAGCGAAAUAUACCGGCUCCCUCCGAACGCUCCCAAUCAUCCAGGAGUCGGGUAUCUACGCCGAAUUCGUCAUCGCCCUCACAGCAGUUGGCCAGAACGGCAACACCGGAUCCAUCGCGAGCGACCUCGCGACUCCGACCUUACUGGACUCCGGCAGUAGUUUGAUGUACCUGCCCAACAACAUCACGCAAUCGAUCUACGACGCCGUCGGAGCCCGCUACGACUCAAGCCAAGGAGCAGCCUUCAUCGACUGCGACAAAGCCAACUCGGACGACACCAUCGACUUCACCUUCUCCUCCCCAACAAUCAAAGUCGCAAUGAACGAACUCGUCAUCGUAGCAGGCAUCGACCGCGGCCGUCCCAUCUGUAUCCUCGGCAUCGGACCCGCUGGAGGCAGCACGCCUGUGCUUGGGGAUACGUUUCUGCGAUCAGCAUACGUAGUCUACGACCUGACUGCGAACGAGAUCAGUCUCGCGCAGACGAAUUUCAAUUCGACAAGUGAUAACAUUAUGGAGAUUACGAACUCGACAGGCGUACCAGACGCCACAGUUGUCGAGAACGCCGUGACAAGCGUCGCGGUGCAGGAUGGAGGGGCCAGAAUCAAUGGAUACACGAGUACACUGCAUGCAGCGGCUGAGCCGACUGCUGCGGUGGGCUGGAAUGCGGCGGUGUUGGGCGCUGCGGGUGCUGCGGGUGCUGCUGCGUUGCUUGCAAUAUGA